GUGGAAGAAAGUAUAUUGUACUGCGUAUGCGUAAACACUAACUUCCGACUAAGCGACUUCCUUUUCCUGUCCAAGAAUCAACAUGACAGACGAACAAUCAGCAGCCGAAUUGGCUGAGAAGAAGAAGAGGAGGACCUUCCGUAAAUACACAUACAGAGGUGUAGACUUGGACCAGCUUCUGGAUAUGACCAGUGAGCAGCUGAUGGAAUUGUUCCCGUGCCGCGCUCGUCGCCGAUUCAGCAGAGGUCUGAAGCGUAAGAGGCUGGGACUGAUCAAGAAACUGAGGAAGGCUAAGAAGGAAGCAGGACCCCUCGAAAAACCAGAGGUGGUGAAGACCCAUCUGAGAGACAUGAUCAUUGUCCCCGAGAUGAUAGGCAGCAUUGUGGGAGUGUACCAAGGCAAGACCUUCAACCAGGUGGAAAUCAAGCCAGAGAUGAUUGGUCACUAUCUGGGAGAGUUCAGCAUCACAUACAAGCCCGUGAAGCACGGUCGUCCCGGUAUUGGUGCCACCCACUCCUCUCGAUUUAUCCCUCUCAAGUAGGGAGACAUGUAUACACAAUAAAGCUGCUACAACAAAA